AGGCCGGGCUUAACUGAAACCAGGAAGUUUAUAACACCGCUCCAUGUUUACACAUGUUUGCACGUUCACGUGGAGAAGUUUCUCACUUUUAAAAUGUCUUCAAAGAAAAAUAAAAGCAAGUCUAAAAAGUCGAGUGAAGGGGACAGCUCAGUGUGUCUGAAGGAGGGCUCGAGUGACUCCUCCAACCUGAACACAGCCGGGGAUGAAGGAGGAACCUGCAGGAGUUUAAACUCUUUCACUGUCAUUGAUUUCAUUGAGAAAGCUGAUGAUAAAACACCAAGAUGCAGCCGAUCAACUUUAGCCCAACUGAGCCUCAAUUCAAUGAAGACAGCAAACGUCUGCAUCGGGAGACCAAUCCUCCUGACCAGCUCCACGGGACAACAAGAGGUGUGUUUAGGAUGGCCGGUUGCAUCAUUUCCUGGUGGAAAAGUUGGUCUUCAGAAAUGUUCUCAGAAUAACCUCAGAGUGAAAUCAGGAGCUGAGGUGACGCUGCACCCACUAACAGGUCCUGUUCUUCAGGCGGAGGAGGUCGUUCUAUCCAACAGAUCAAAAGAUGACACGAUAGAGACGGAUGAGUUCAGGAACUUCUUCCUGAGGUCUCUGGUUGGGAACAUCAUUUUGCCAGGAAAUAUCAUCCCCCUGACCUACUUCGGCCGCUCGUGCAGUCUCCGUGUUGAGACCAUAAGAGGGGAGGAUGGUGUCACCCUCAACAGACCGGCUCCCCCCUCAGGAUUGAGCCCUGACACAGAGGAGUCCUCUGUAAUGAACUCUGUGAUUGACUCCUCCGUAUCAAAUGACCUCUCUCUGCAGCUCAGCCUGCUCACUGUAGAUGACAACAACCCAGAAGGGUCACCAAGCACACCCGGAGAGCCCGGGCCUGCAGCCAGCACCCCACGCCGACCAGCCUUCCUCCCCUCUCUCUCCUCACCCUCUGCUCCCUGUACCCCGACUUCAUACAACUCCCAGAAUCCUCCUGGAGACGUUUCAUCAGAGGAUGUUGUCAAUCUGGAGAGCUCACUCAGUUCAGAGAAAUUCUCCACAGCUCUCCCUGGUGGUGUGAUGAGUACUGACACCUUCUACUGCCUCUCCUGCUCCACUAAAGUCAGCUUCAGAAACAGAGCAGGGAGGGAGGAGCCAGAUGAGGAAGCCAGAAAGUCAAAGGUCACAUACGGCAUGAUUGGCGGGCUCAGCAGCCAGUUAGAUGUCAUCAGAGAGACAAUUGAGCUCCCUCUGAAACAUCCUGAGCUGUUCUCAAACUAUGGGAUCCCGCCUCCCCGAGGAGUACUUCUGUAUGGUCCCCCCGGCACAGGAAAGACUAUGAUUGGCCGAGCCAUAGCCAAUGAGGUUGGGGCUCACAUGACGGUGAUCAAUGGCCCAGAGAUCGUGAGCAAAUUCUACGGUGAAACUGAAGCAAGGCUGAGGCAAAUUUUCACAGAAGCGUCUCAGAGACAACCAGCGAUAAUCUUCAUUGAUGAGCUGGACGCUUUGUGUCCGAAGAGAGAAGGAGCACAGAACGAGGUGGAGAAACGAGUGGUUGCCUCCCUCCUGACUCUGAUGGAUGGGAUUGGUUCAGAGGGUCACUCAGGUCAGCUGUUGGUCCUGGGGGCCACAAACCGGCCCCAUGCCCUCGACCCUGCACUGCGCCGACCCGGACGAUUCGACAAAGAGCUGGAGGUGGGAGUUCCUGGUGCUGCGGAGCGUGCAGAUAUUUUGCAGAAGCAGCUGAGAUCCGUACCGUGCAGCGCCACUGCCGAGGAGCUGACGCAGCUGGCCGAUGUGGCGCAUGGAUACGUGGGAGCUGACCUCGCUGCUAUUUGCAAAGAAGCAGGUUUGCAUGCUCUGAGACGAGCUCUUGGAGGUUCCCACCAACCAUCGGAUCAGCAGCUGAUGGGGACGGUGACGGUCACUCUACAGGACCUGCAGUGGGCCAUGUCUGCUGUGAAGCCAAGUGCCAUGAGAGAGGUCGCCAUUGAUGUCCCCAAGGUCCGCUGGUCAGAUGUCGGCGGGAUGGAGGAGGUGAAGCUGAAACUGAAGCAGGCUGUAGAGUGGCCUCUGCGGCACCCCGAGGCCUUCAUCCGCAUGGGGAUCCAGCCACCCAAAGGAGUCCUUCUCUACGGCCCUCCAGGAUGCUCCAAGACCAUGAUAGCCAAGGCUCUGGCUAAUGAAAGUGGACUCAACUUCCUCGCUGUCAAAGGUCCAGAAUUACUGAGCAAGUACGUUGGAGAGUCUGAAAGAGCUGUGAGAGAGGUGUUUCGGAAGGCGAGGGCCGUCGCUCCUUCCAUCGUCUUCUUUGAUGAGAUCGACGCUCUCGCCGGUGAAAGAGGAAGCUCUUCGGGCUCUGGCGGUGUAGGAGACCGGGUCCUGGCUCAGCUCCUGACAGAGAUGGACGGCAUCGAGCAGCUCCAGGACGUCACUGUGCUGGCCGCCACCAACCGGCCCGACAUGAUCGAUAAGGCUCUGAUGCGUCCAGGUCGCCUUGACCGAAUCGUCUAUGUGCCUCUUCCAGAUGCUCCUACUCGAAGUGAAAUAUUUUCUCUCCAGUUCCGCAACAUGCCGGUGGCCCAAGACGUGUCUGUUGACGAGCUGGUGUCUAAAACGAACAAGUAUUCUGGAGCAGAGAUAACAGCAGUAUGCAGAGAGGCUGCCCUCCUGGCCCUACAAGAGGACAUCAAAGCUCAGCACGUCCAAGCCAGACACUUUGAAAGUGCCCUGAAUGCUGUGAAGCCCCGGAUCCCUGACUCUCUCAUCCAGUCGUAUAUCAGCUAUCAGCAGCAGCACAGCGGCCUGUGUUUCUUCUGAGCACGCCACCGUGGACGAAGUCAAAACUAAGAGACUGCUUUCACUUUGAUUUCUGAUUCUGUUUGAAAAGAAAGUGCCAAGUUAUUAUUAUGAACUAACAGAAGAACAAAUAUGAGGCUGGUUUAGUUAUCGAAUGCCAUCAUGUCUUAUUUCAAUUGUAAGUUUCCCCAAAUUGUUUGUUCAUACAUUUUAAUACUCUGUAAACAAAAAUGUGUGUUUACUCCACAGCUUUUCUUUGGUUGUUUUGCAGAAUGACUCAGUGUGUCUUUCUUUAAUCAUAUGAAAUAUUAAUAAUGUAUUAAAGUGCAUUAUUUAUGUA